AUGUUGGAAGAAGGUGGAUUUUUACGAAGACCUCAAACUAGAUCUAGAACAGGAACUGUUACCAAGAAAGUAAAUUAUGUUGAAAUGUCAGAUAGUGAUGAAGAUGAAGCUACGUUGAAAUCACAGUACAGUUCUGAUUCAGUAACUGAGGUAAAAAUUGCAGAUAACAAAAGCAAUAACAUUGACAUAGAUACUGACGAUGCCGACUAUGUAGAAGAUAGUUUGACACCUGUGGAUGAUAUACCAUAUCAACAUAACAAUUCCAGUACCUCUUCGAGCGAAGAUAUUAAAAAAGAGGAUAUAGGUAAGGUUAAUACCAAAGCAAAUAAAAGAAAUGUUGAAGAGGAAGGAAAAUUGUUUUCUGCACCUAAUAAAGACACUGAAUGUAUUAUUUUGGGCGAAGAAGACGAACCCUUAACAAAGAAACGUAAAGUUACCAGAAAGAGAAAGACAUCUACCAAGAAAAAACAACCUAAGUUGACACCUUACCAAAGAAAUACACAAAGAUUAUUUGAUAACCAUCCCGAAUUAAAAAAUGUAUUCCCAGAUCUUCAAAAUGCACCAGAUUACAUGCCUCACCGUACCACACAGCCUGAAGGACUUAGAUUGAAACUACUUCCAUUUCAACUGGAAGGUUUACAUUGGUUAUUAUCUCAAGAAAAUAGUAAGUAUAAUGGUGGUGUCUUAGCAGAUGAAAUGGGGAUGGGUAAAACUAUCCAAACUAUUGCAUUAUUGAUGUAUGAUCGAACCAAGAGGCCGUCUUUGGUUGUGGCUCCUACUAUUGCUUUAAUUCAAUGGAAAAACGAAAUUGAUCAACACACCCAAGGUAAACUAAAGGUAUAUUUAUUCCAUGGAACUAACAAAACUACCAAUAUCAAUGAUUUAGCUGACUACGAUGUUAUAUUAACCACAUACGCUGUUAUUGAAUCUGUAUUUAGAAAACAAAAUUAUGGGUUUAGAAGAAAAUCAGGUUUAGUCAAAGAAAAAUCUGUUUUACAUCACAUUGAUUUUUAUAGAGUUAUACUAGAUGAAGCACAUAACAUUAAAGAUAGACAAAGUAAUACAGCAAGAGCCGUAAAUAUGAUAAAAACUCAAAAAAGAUGGUGUUUAAGUGGGACACCUUUACAAAAUAGGAUUGGUGAAAUGUAUUCACUUAUAAGAUUUUUAGAUAUUGAACCAUUUUCUAAAUAUUUUUGCACUAAAUGUGAUUGUGCAUCAAAAGAAUGGAAGUUCUCUGAUAAUAUGCACUGUGACCGUUGUAACCAUGUUAUUAUGCAGCAUACAAAUUUUUUUAACCACUUUAUGUUAAAAAAUAUCCAAAAGUAUGGUGUUGAAGGUCCAGGGUUAGAGUCAUUCAACAAUAUUCAAUUACUACUUAAAAAUAUCAUGUUAAGGCGAACCAAGGCCGAACGUGCUGAUGACCUAGGCUUACCACCAAGGAUUGUAACCGUAAGGCGUGACUACUUUAAUGAAGAAGAAAAAGAUUUAUACAGAAGUUUGUAUAUGGAUGUGAAGAGAAAAUAUAACUCUUAUGUUGAACAAGGUGUUGUGUUGAAUAAUUACGCUAAUAUCUUCUCAUUAAUUACGAGAAUGAGACAGAUUGCAGAUCAUCCAGAUUUGGUGUUGAAGAGGUAUAGAAACCAACUCGAUGACAACGGUGUAAUUAUUUGCCAAUUAUGUGAUGAUGAGGCAGAGGAACCUAUAGAAUCAAGAUGUCACCAUAGAUUCUGUAGGUUAUGUAUCAAAGAAUACAUUGAAUCGUUUAUGGAGACAAGCAAUAACCGCCUGACUUGUCCUGUUUGUCACAUUGGUUUAAGUAUUGACCUUACACAACCCUCCUUGGAAGUAGAUAUAGAAGUAUUUAAGAAGCAAAGUAUUGUCAGUAGAUUAAAGCUCGAUGGGUCAUGGAGAUCGUCAACCAAAAUAGAGGCAUUGGUUGAAGAACUAUAUAAAUUACGUUCCAAAGUAAAAACUAUCAAAUCAAUUGUGUUUUCUCAGUUCACUAGUAUGUUAGACUUGGUAGAGUGGCGUUUAAAAAGAGCGGGGUUCCAAACAGUGAAACUUCAAGGUAGUAUGUCACCAGUUCAAAGAGAUGAGACAAUCAAAUACUUUAUGAAUAAUAUUCGCUGUGAAGUCUUUUUAGUCAGUUUAAAGGCCGGUGGUGUUGCAUUAAAUUUGUGCGAGGCUUCGCAAGUUUUCAUUUUAGAUCCAUGGUGGAAUCCAAGUGUAGAAUGGCAAAGUGGUGAUAGAGUCCAUAGAAUUGGACAAUAUAGACCGGUGAAGAUUACAAGAUUCUGUAUUGAAGAUAGUAUAGAAUCAAGAAUCAUAGAGUUACAAGAAAAAAAAGCAAAUAUGAUAAAUGCCACAAUCAAUCAAGAUGAAGCCGCAAUUAAUAGAUUAACCCCUGAUGAUUUACAAUUCUUAUUUAACAACUAA